CAGGUUCAUAUCACAGCAAAAUUCUCCUCAAGCCCACCAUUAUUGGGCAAACAUGAUAGUAUAAAAACAGAGACAAGAUCAAGCCAUAAUCUUUACAGCUCUCGAAAUCGUUUUUCGUAUAGAGAUUACGAUUUUCUCGUUUUCCUCGGAAAUUUAUCGUAAAUGCGAUCGCGUUUUGCGUGGAAAAGGUUCAGAAGUUUUGCGCAUCUCUGGAAUUACAGAGAAGCUACGUAAUGGACAACAUGUUCGACGUCCAGAAAUUCUGGCUGUACCAGACGUUUGCGCGUUAUUACGUAGUGGGAAGAGGGAGGAAAAGAACCUUGUGGAAGGUGUUUUCAAUUGACAGAAUGGAACCUUCUGAUCUUAAUAUUUUUGAAGAUCAAUCUACCUAUACGGCAGAAGAGUGCUCUGAUCUUUUGAAAAGAAUACAUCAGGGGAACAGGUCUAUGGGAGGUCUUAAAUUAAUUGCAAUUGGCUAUGGCAUAGUUGGAUUCAUUCAGUUCCUAGAACCAUAUUACAUGUUGAUAAUAACCGAGAGAAAGAAAAUAGGAACCAUGCUUGGGGCAAAAGUAUAUGGCGUUGCUAAGAGCAUGAUGGUUAUAAUUCCAAAUCCUAUUGUGCGGUCCAAAAAGGCUUAUUGCAAUACCGAGAAAAGAUAUCAGAAGCUCCUGACCUCGGUGGAUCUAACCAAAGACUUCUUUUUCAGCUACUCAUAUAAUGUUAUGCGUAGCCUUCAAGAUAAUUUAAACAGAAAUAAAACAGAUCAAAGUAUUUAUAAAUCGAUGUUCGUGUGGAAUGAAUAUUUAACUCGAGGAAUUCGAAAGCAGCUCAAGAAUAAUAUUUGGACAGUUGCAUUAGUGUACGGAUUUUUCAAACAGAUUAAACUUUCCGUGUCUGACAGGGACUUUGAUUUCACUCUCAUAGCUCGACGUUCACGUCAUUAUGCUGGCACAAGAUUUUUAAGACGAGGGGUAAAUGAGAAAGGCAAAGUUGCAAAUGAUGUAGAGACAGAACAAGUUGUUAGUGAAAGUACGUUUCAAGGUCAAACUUUGCAAAUAAGUUCCAUCGUGCAAAAUAGAGGCUCAAUUCCAGUCUUCUGGUCACAGGAAACUUCAUUAUUGAAAAUAUUCAAUCCAGUUGUUAUAUUACCCAAACAAGAAGAUUAUAAAGCAACAAAACUUCACUUCAAGAAUCUUGCCGACAGAUAUGGGAACCCAAUAAUCGUCUUAGAUUUAACUAAGACCCGAGAAAAGAAGCCUAGAGAAACUCUACUCCAUGCCGAGUACGUAAAUGCUAUAGGAUGCAUCAAUGCGGAACGUUCAGAAGAAAAUCGUCUAAAAUUCCUUCAAUGGGAUCUAAAACAACACUCAAGAAGAGACGCUACGACUGUGUUGUCAAAGCUACAAAGAUUGACAAAAUUAGCGUUGGACUUAAAUGGAAUAUUUCAUUGUCAAGUGUCUCGAAGUUCACCAUUAGAGGGUUCUGCUCGGCCGUAUCUCGAGGGGGUAAAUAUUAGUGAAAAUAAUAACAGUGGCAGCGAUGAUGGAAGUGGUAAAUGUAAUAUCAAAAUAAAGAGUGUUCAGAAUGGAGUGUUGAGGACCAAUUGCUUUGAUUGCUUAGAUCGAACAAAUAUUGCUCAGUAUGCCUACGGGAUUGCUGCUUUAGGACCUCAGCUUCAAACUUUUGGAUACUUAGAAUCCCCAGAUAUUGAUCUGGAUGACACUCUUGCUAGACACGUGAUGGAUAUUUAUGAGAUUAUGGGAGACAAGCUUGCCCUCCAAUAUGGUGGCUCACCUGCUCACAAUAAGAUAUUUUCUGAGAGAAGAGGUCAAUGGAAACCAGCAAUUGAGUAUGUAGAUAUUAUGAAAUCUGUUCAAAGAUUUGUAAACAAUGUGUAUAUGGACGAAGAGAAACAGAACGGCAUUGACCUAUUUCUGGGAAACCCUCCUCCUCAGAAGCGCACAUUGCUGCUGAAUCCAGAAAAGCACAGUAAAUGGAGAUCUAUAAUGAAAAGGUCGCUUUCAGAUAGCAAUAUUAUCUUAGGAAGUGAAAUUCCUACAGCCCAACAGGAUAGUGAACUCCUGCACGAAGAAUCGCAAAAUAAAGGUCUCGUAGAAUUAUUGCCGGAAGUUUCAACCUAUUGCAGGUACAUAAGCCCGGAAUUUCCGGAGGUAGUUUCAAGUUCUGAAUCAAUCGCUUCUAAAGAUGAAGAUUUAGAAAUGAGAACGACCUCGAGAUUUCUUACAGCAGAUUGGUAUUCUGAAUCGCUUUAUUCUUGUGAAGAUCUCUAUAACAAAAUUAUGAACUUCUCGGAAGAGAAUGGAGAGGAUAGUAGCUAUCCGAUGUUUGAUUUUGGAAGAUGGAUCACUAGGGGAGGCACUUUUUACAUUUGAAUUAAGUAUAUGAGUAUUUAACCACUCUUAACCCUAAGAAAACGUUGUUGAAUAUCUUUCGCAAGGCUUUAAUUGUAAAUACAGUGGUGUAGAUCGGGAGGGGAAAGCUGCUAACAAAGUUAACAGCUAGGAGACAUCUGUAUCACAUUGAUUACCGUAUAUAUAUUCUAAUCAUCUUCUUCCUUC